AUGAAAAUCCCAUACAGAUAUCUCAGAUUCCUGAAGCACACACCGAUAAGAGGCGGAACCCAGCUAGAUUUGAUUGAAAUGAGCACAGUGGAACUACUAGUUUUUACAAUGUUGUCUCGAGUAGUCAAUAUUUCCAUCGUUCGCUUCUCUAAGAAUUGGAGCAACCGUGUUAGAACUGGAUUUACAUCUCUAGCUGCACCUAUCGCUCGCAUUUAUACGUAG